GCAAGAUCCCAGACAAUCGGGGAACAAUCGGUGGUCCUCCCAAAUCUCGGCAGUUUGUCGGCCGUGUAUAUCGUAGUUUAAUAUCAUAUAUAAACUGUGUGUGAAUAAGAUAGAACCCCGGUGGGCUGCGGGAUAUACCAUGAUAUACAGUGAUCGGAUCAUUCAAUACCCACUGUGCGACGUGUAUGCAUAUCAGGGGGAAUGUUAAAUCGCACGCGUCCAUUCAUACACUUGCUGAAGUUUUUAAAUACUUUCUUUUGAUCUUUUUGAAAAUUUUCUGUCGGAAUAUUGCGUGCAAGGAGAGAAGAAGCCAUUUCCUCUCGUCUACGAAAAGCGUAAGAAUUGCGGCUUUCAAUUCUUUUUAAAUUUUUUAAUUAACUUUUCCUGUUAAUUGUGGAAUUCCGACUGAGAAGAGGCAGGGUUGAGUGUCGAGAGUGGAGAGGCAUGCGGCUGGUGUACGCUGGAUGCACCGAUGCACUCGAUGUAAACAAAAUCGUGUACAGACUUUCCGGUCAGUAGAGCUGACACUUCAGCGAAGAGAGGGCAACGUCAAAUGUUUCAUCACUCAAUUCACGGAGGAAAUAUUCAAAAUAUUCAAGAAACUUGGAAAUUUUUUUCUCCUCUACUUGCUCUUUCGCAAUAAGUGUGCUUACUUUUCGGAUGUGCCGUGUUGUUAAUGAGAUGCAGGUUAGUUGCGGCGUCUUAAGCUGAGUUAAUUUUCAUAGCUUCCCUUGAAACAUAAAAAACUCGACCUAUAGACUCUCAUAAAAAAAGAAGAAGGCGCUGAUUUUUAUGAGAAGCAAGCUCUGUAUGACUUAUCACAUACGUAUGAUAAGAUCCUCUAAGGGUUAAUUACAUAGUAAGAAGGAUGCAAAGUAAAAUGAGCGAAGCGCGAGUUUCUAAUUACUAAAGCUCGCGUUACGGUUUUUUAAUAACUUUACGAUAUAAAAACAAAAUGCGUGUGCUUCUGUGAAUGAAUUAUAUAUUUUUUUGGUGGGAUAUACAUACGAGAGAUGUAUCACUCCAGUGUAUAGUGGCACGUGUGGGGAAAUUUUAACCGAAUUGUAAGAGUGUGUGUGACCACCAGGGAAUAGCCAGGAUGCACCUUGCCUUGUUGUUAUCGUAUGCUAUCAUCCUGUGUAACCUCGGAUCCGUGGCCACCGGCCCCCGGUCAAAGAAGCGAGAAGUGGAUUUAAUAUCCACGCUUUAUGCCAAAGCAGCAAAGUUACCAGGACUAGAAAAAGUGGAGCCAAAAGGCUACAAAAUCACAUCUAAGUGGAAUCCACGCAAUUUACCAAACAUUAAGUUUAAAAGAUUCUGGAAAAAAUAUCAUGGAAAAUUAACGUUUUAUUUCUCUGGUCAAAUAAUUCCACAAUCGAAACCUAUUCCUAUAUUUUCCAUAUAUCAUAAACGAAAACUAUUGCCAUAUUUUGAAGCAUUAGUGGAUUUUCAGAAAGGGAAAGUUAUAAUUCGAUAUCAGGGAGUGACAUCAUUCCAGCGGAGUUUUAUUUCGUUUGAUUCAACAAUACAAUCGAUAUCAGGGGCAAUAAUCCAAAUCAAAACCGAUGAAGUGAGGAUUCAACUUGAUUGUCUUCCUUUGAAAUCUGUCAAACUCCGGCAAAAAAUAGCACCUAUUCCACGUUCUUCUAAAAUUGCCCUUCAAGAUUUCAAGAGUAAAGAGAAAGUCAUAGGUUUACUUUUUGAAGCUAAGGUGUACAGUUAUAUAAACAACAUUCCAACUACCUGUUUUAGUAAAGCAGUAGCAGCUUACCAGAAAGACGACAGUAAAGUUUCCACACGGACAGCGACAGAAGAGUUACGGUCCUUGCAGAGAAGGGUGUCCCAUUUAACAUCUGUUGUGGACCAACUGCAAGCAGAGAACUUAGAUUUGAAGGCCAGACUUAAUCUACUGGACAGUUGUGUCUGUUACCCACAAUGCCUUGUGAAUGGUGUGAUCUAUGCUGAUGGCGAAUCUUGGCAGAAAGACACUUGCACGUUCUGCACUUGCAGGGAAGGCCAGGAGGAUUGUAUAAGAAGAGUGGAGCUGCCUCAGUGUCAUGCCCCAUGUGUAACCUCACCCUGCCAGAACAAUGGAUAUUGUGUGGACACCCACCCUGACCCCUCUGGCUACCACUGUAUGUGUCAGCCCCCUUAUGAUGGCCCCUUGUGUGAGACUAGGCAGAAUCCCUGUGUGUGGCCCCAGGAGCCAGGCCUCUGCAACAAUACUGUGGUCAGAUAUUACUAUGACAGAUUUGAAGAGGAAUGCCAAGCCUUCAACUACACAGGCUGUGGUGGAAACGUGAACAACUAUGAGAGUUUUGAGGCUUGUCGAGAGGUGGCCAUGACAGGGGCAUGUUGUUUUCGGCGAUUUAAAGCUGAUGAGAAGGCUCUGAUAACAGGGAACCAGAUGAAGGAGUCCAAAUGCCAGGUGUUGUCCCUAAAAGAUUGUAAAGCUAUCCACAACCAGAAGAGGAAGCAUUAUACUAAGGAGGUGGUGGCGUUCUACCCCAGCCUGAGCUGUGAGGAGGCUGGGUGUAUGAAUACACAGAGUGGGUGUGUCUAUGACGGAACCUCCUACCAGCCAGGGGCCGUCACCUACCAGGGCUGUCAGAAAUGUACAUGUGAAAUCGACGAACGAUGGACUUGUCAAUGUGAGACCAUUGGACGGAGGAAAGACAUACGUGACAUGUCCCAAUCUGAGCUAUCCCGUUUUCAAACAGCGGUUCAGCAGCUCCGAUUUGAAAACAAGCAGUGGGAGAAAUUCCGAGACAUGUACAUGGCUCAUGGGAUGCAUGCCAAUGGAGGGCCCUAUUUCUUACCGUGGCAUAGAGUCUUCCUACGAGAGGUGGAGAAGAAGCUACAGAAGAUUGACUGUGGUAUCACAAUGCCUUACUUUGAUUUUACUACAGAUGUGGGGAAUUUCGCAGAAGCCAUUAUCUGGCAGCCUAACUAUUUUGGUGGAGAUGGUUCUGGUUUUAGCCAUUGUGUGCCGGAUCAUAGUUUUGGAACCCCUGGCAGCUGGCAGCCCUGCAUCAUGAGGAAUUUCCACACAACCAUUGAACUCCCGACCAUGGUAGAUCUGGCUUUGGCCCUGUCCAGUGAUGACUACACAGAAAUGAGCAUGAGUCUGGAGAGCUACAUCAGCUACCUCCACCGCUACAUAGGUGGAGACAUGGCUACCACUGGGGGGCCCUAUGACCCAGUUUUCUUUGCCAUUCAUUCUUUCGUUGAUAUGCUAUACUGGAGAUGGCAGCAAAGAGGCAACAACAAGUUCAAAUACCCGGCAGCUUUCGGCAAUAUUCCCAUGGUGCCCUUCAACAUUCCACCGAGUAGUGUACUUGACCUUGAGGCUGACCUUUGUGUGACCUAUGCCCCACCCUCUUUGGGUCACCCUUGCAACACAAGCACUGGUGGUAUUGACACCUCUGGGGCUGAUCGAGGAGACACCCCAAGCAGUAAGGUGGCUGUAGUAAACUACCCUGGAUACGUCAAUGGAUUUGACAGGAAUGGUUAUGAUCUUGGUGGAUACAAAGAAAAUGGUCUAAACAGGGAUGGCUUUGACAAAGAUGGUUAUGAUGUGGAUGGAUACAAUCGCUAUGGUUACGACAAGGAUGGGUACAACAGGUGGGGAUUUAACAGAACAGGGUAUGAUAGGGGAGGGAAGCAGGACACCCACAGGAUCUAUGAUCAGAAUGGCUUUGACGACCAGUGUCUGGAUAUACAAGGUCUGACUAAGUACGGCUUCGAUAGAUUCGGGUUCACCCCCGCAGGGUUUGACAAGGAUGGCUGUAACUUCCUGUAUAAAGGUCCCUUUGAUGUUCUCCAUUCCCUGAGGAUCUGGGAGCUGUUGUCCCUGCAGGACCGAGGCUUCCUCCUGUCCGUCUACAGACUCUGUCCCUCCUUGGACCCCGUCCCCCUCAGCUGGAGCAGGCAGUUCUGGGCCCCCAAGUUUAAGGAUGUCUCUGGUCUAGUUCACAGCAUUACACCAGAGACCACUCUCAGCAUUCCGUCCUCACGUUUCUGUUUUGAGACCACCCCUUAUCUGACUCCAUGCACUUGUGAGACGUCCAUCACCAGCUGUACAGAGAAUCCGUGUCUCACGGAUGUUUGUCCCUCUUACCCAGAAGCUAUUUGUCACGUAGACUUCUGCUCAGAGUGCAAGGCGACCUGGUACUAUAACAACCAAGAGGUGGAUUGUCUGGAAGACAGAGACUUCUGUGAUCCCAAUCCUUGCCUGAACGGAGGGACAUGCCAGAAGAGUAUCUGGCCUACCGAGCCCCAGCUGGUGACCUGCAGGUGCCCCCCGGGGUACGACGGACACCUGUGUCAGUACACCUCUAUAGAGGUGUGCAGUCUCCCACUCAGCAUAGGAAGCUGUAAUGACAGAGAGAGUAGAUGGUUCUACAACCACCAGACACAGAACUGCGAGUCAUUCAUUUACUCGGGGUGCGGAGGGAACGCCAAUCACUUCCUGACGGAGGAGGCGUGUCAGUCGCGAUGUGUGAUCGGAGCAUGCUGCCACAGGAAACCGCUGUUCAAAAGGAGGCUGGUCGGCUACAACCUGGAUAACUAUGACAGGUAUGGCUUUGACAAAGACGGAAACAGUCGAAGAGGUGAUACCAGAAACGCCAACAACUCAACUCCAUUUGGUUCGGAGAGAUUCAACAGCAAAGGCUAUGACUGGGAAGGAUAUGAUGUAUUUGGCUAUGACAAGGAUGGAUAUGACAGACUAGGAUACAACAGUGAAGGAUAUGACAGGGAGGGCUUCAAUAUCCAGGGAUAUAACAGGAUAGGGGAGUACGACGGGAUCCUGGAGUACAACAAAGAGGGAUACAAUGUCGAAGGAUUCAACAGAGCUGGUAUGAAUUGCCAAGGCUACAACAGGCGUGGUCUGGAUUAUUACGGUAUGUCAACUGGAUACAGCUACAAGUGCAGCCCCAUGUCCCUGAUCCAGUGUCAGAACCUAGAGCGGAACUCUGACACUGAAGUGGUCCAGUUCCGGCCCGGGAAACAGUGUGCAGAGGUGGGCUGUGGAGAGAAGUGUGGCUGUACCUACAGGAACAACACCUAUACCUUUGGUCAGGAGUUCCGCAUCGGAUGCCAGACCUGCACCUGUACCAUCCGCGGCUCAGUUACCUGUAGAUGCAUGAGGUAUAACUUCCGUAGGAGGGAAAUCCGGGAUAUGACCAAAGAAGAGCUGGAACUUUAUCAGACAGGAAUCAAGAGAUUGGCAACCAGUACUGGUCAUGAACCUUCCUUGUGGUUCCAGUUUGCUGACAUGUACCUCAGACACAAACCACAAGCUGUCGGCUCCGACCAAUUCCUGCCAUGGCACAGAGCUUUCUUAAAAUAUGUGGAACAACAUCUGCAGAACAUCAACUGUGACAUCACCAUUCCUUACUACGACUGGACGAUUGAUGCUGGAGAGCCCCACAAGUCAGUGAUUUGGUCUAUGGUAGUGUUUGGAGGGAAUGGGGAGGGGCAGAAUGGGUGUGUCCCCCAUCAUAGCUUCAAGGACUACUAUCCUCCCUCCUGGGUGCCCUGUCUGAGACGACAGUUCAAUAACAGCGUUACAUUUCCCGAUGCCAUUAAUGUCCAGCUGGCAGUGAAUGAUCCUUCAUACACUAACUUUAGGUUACAGAUGGAGAUGAUGCUAGCCUCUGUACAGAGUUACGUCGGAGGACACAUGUACUCUGAUCUCAGUCCGUAUGACCCAGUCUUUAUGUCUGUGAUAGCUUACAUUGACAAGUUGUGGACUCUAUGGCAGGAAAAACAUCCUGAUUGGAUGGCAAGCUACCCGGUUGAGCUCCGAUACAAACCCAUGGACCCAUUUAAACUUUCUCCAGAGGAUGUGAUGUACUCUUCUGUACAGAUGUGCGUGGAUUAUGUCCCCUUGACCUACACGACCCUGUGCAAUAUCUCUCUGCCUAGGUAUGGUUACGAUGAGGAUGGAUAUGACAGACAUGGGCUGGAUAGGGAGGGUUAUGACAGAGAUGGAUUCAAUAUCGACGGAUUUGACAGGAACGGUAACAGAGAUAUGAGAGGUGUGUUCAGCACCAGUGGAUAUGACAGAGGUGGAUUCAACAGGCAGGGCUUUGAUGUCUCCGGAUUUGACCGAUAUGGAUUCUACAUUGACAUGUAUAACUUGGACGGCUUUGACAGUAAGGGUUAUGACCGCUGGGGCUACGACAGGUAUGGAUACAACAUAAAUGGAGUCACUCCGUAUGGAUUUAACAGAAAUGGAACCUGGAAUCCAGAUGCAGAUCAGUCUGUUAUCAACAAGUUUGGUUAUAAUGUCUAUGGUUUCAAUAAGUAUGGCUAUGAUAGAAAUGGGUACGAUGUGUUUGGCUUUGAUUCUCGAGGUCUGGAUAAACACUUCUGUAACAACUUCUACCUGGGCCCUGUUUACAUGGUCAUCAAACGCUGGGUGGAGUUGGAGCUGGAGAAACUGGAUAAAGGCCCAAUCUUGGACAUCUAUCGUCUCUGCCCCUAUGUUACUUUUAUGCCUACCUGGAUGUACACCGUUAACUGGUUCACUCGUAACGAUCAAGUCAAUCUGAUCAACACACUGGAGAAACAGGCCCGAGCAGACCAUCGAUUUGAGCCAACAUACCUGCCCAGGUCAUCCUCUGUCACAGAGCUUAACCUGUGGCUACCUGUACCACCUGAUCAAAGGUUGUGUUUUGUGACCAACUACUUCAGUGGAUGUCCUUUUGGACGGUUCCCUGUCACCUGUCGACCAGACCUGUGUAAGGGGAGAAAAUGUCCAGGCAUCCCUGAUGCAGUCUGCAGAAUCAACACCUGUGGGGACUGCUCUAUUGAGUGGUACAAUGGAUUAACAGGGGCACCUGUUGUCUGUUCAGGUUGUGUGACAGACGACGGGAGAGAGGAACCAGAGGGCGCCACGUGGAGGAGAUCAGAGUGUGACGUCUGCAGUUGUCAGGAUGGCAUGGUGAGAUGUUCCACCACUCUGUGUCCAGCGGUCACCUGUAGAAACCCUGUUCAAAUCCCUGGCCAGUGCUGUGCCUCCUGUGAAGGUGGGUGUCAGUAUGAAGGUAGAAUCUACGAGCCAGGUGUGACCUUUACCCCUGACUCCGCCCCCUGCAGCGUGUGUGUCUGUAACCGUGGCGACGUGACCUGUAGGCCCCGCCCCUGUAAGGACCUGGGGAAGUGUAAGAGCAGCAUGACCUUACCUGGGGAUUGUUGUCCCACCUGUAUGGACUGUGGGAGGUAUGCCAACGCCUCCAUGUGGAAACAGGGACCGUGUCAAAAGUGUAGCUGUAUUAAUGGCAAUGUGCAGUGCUCCGAGCUACAGUGUGGGAUACCAGACUGUAAAUACCCAUAUACCCCACCCGGUGAAUGCUGUCCCACAUGUGUCUCCUGUUACUACAACAGGAGGACCUAUGAAGAUGGAAGUCAGUUUGACCUUGAUGCCUGCACCAGAUGUUCUUGUCGCCAUGGUGAUGUACAGUGCAGUAAAACGGCCUGUCCAGCUGUCAGCUGCCCCAACCCAAUCACUCCUCCAGGAGAAUGUUGUCCAGUAUGUACCAGUGACUGUGAGUAUGACAUGCAAACAUACAGACACAUGGAGUCCUUCCUGGCCAGCUAUGACCCCUGUCUCAACUGCUCCUGUACCAACUCCAUCGUACGCUGUAUCCCCAUCAUGUGCCCCCACAGAGACUUCCCCUGUAGGAACCCCAUCAGGAAGGGGAAGGGAUGCUGUGAAUUUGUCUGUCCCAGCUGUGUAGAUGGAGGGAGGGAGUACUACAAUGGGGAUACCUGGCCGUCCCCCCGGGACCCCUGCCAGGUGUGCCAGUGCUCCGAGGGCAUUGUUACCUGUAAAACCAACAAAUCCUGUAUGUACAGGUGUACACAUGGAGUGAUUCCACAGGGGAAGUGCUGCUCCGACUGUAGAGACUGUCUGUUCAACGGGCGAUUGAUCAGUGAUGGGCGUCGGUUCCAGGCCCCCGGGGACAGGUGCCAGCAGUGUACCUGUGAGCGGGGUAACGUCAGGUGCCAGAGUUCAGGGCCCUGCCCCUCCCUCACCUGUACGAUCACAGAACAGUUGCCUGGAGAGUGCUGCCCAAGGUGUAAAGGAUGUUUACACAAUGGUCAGCAAUAUCAGAACGGGGACACAGUAUCAGCCAGUUUGUGUGAAAGCUGUGUUUGCAACCAAGGUGCGGUGGAGUGUAAGGCUAUAGGCUGUGGACCGCCACGCUGUGAGCGACCGGUACAGGUGCCUGGGCAAUGCUGCCCUGUGUGUCAGGGAUGCGAGUACCGGGGGAGGUCUUACCCUGAGGGACAGAGCUUCUCCAACCCCCAGGAUCGUUGUGAACAGUGCAUCUGUCAGAAUGGUCGAGUUCAGUGUAACAGGAGGACAGAUUUGUGUUCACCCCGCCCCUGCUCCCAUCCUGAGACCCUCCCCGGGGAUUGCUGUCCAGUGUGUGAUGGUUGUCUGUUCAUGAGAAGACGGUUCGCUAAUGGCCAGAAGUUUGUUCCUGCAGGAGGGGACCCCUGUAAAAUCUGUAGAUGUAUGGGUGGUAACGUGACAUGUAUGUCAAUGGGCUGCCCUCCCCUGAAGUGUAAAAAUCCGGUCAAGCCCCCAGGGUACUGCUGCGGAGUGUGUCCACUGGACUGUGUGGUCAGAGGCAGGAACUACAGUGAGGGACAGACAUUUGCCGACCCCAGGGACAAAUGUAAUGUCUGUACAUGUGCUGAUAGCUCCAUCACUUGUCAGCCAAUGGUGUGUCCAGUUCCUCAGUGUAACAACCCGACCAUUCGACCUGGCGAGUGCUGUCCGUCGUGUCAGAUGUGUAGUCAUGGUGACAGACAACUACAAAAUGGGGAGAGUUAUGUCAACCCCAAAAACCCCUGCCAGCAAUGCACUUGUCAGAAUGGCGUGGUGAGCUGUACCAGUGUACGGUGUCCGGUCCUGAACUGUAUUGACCCAGUCUAUGAGCUGGGCAAGUGCUGCCCCUCCUGUUCCUCAGACAAGUGUGUCGUGGAGGGGCGGACCUACCGGUCAGGUGACUCCUUCUGUCUGCCCUCUGACCCCUGCCAGGAGUGUCAUUGUAUAGGGUCAAAGGCAACGUGUGCAAAGAGGGAGUGCCCCGAGACUCGGUGUAGGAAUCCAGCCUUCCUGGCUGGCAAAUGUUGUCCAGAGUGUAAAGAUUGUAAUUACAAUGGUCUGAUUUACCGAGACAAGGAGGACUUUGUAAAUCCGCGGGACAGGUGUCAGACUUGUACCUGUAGGCUUGGUAACAUUGCCUGUAAAGCCACGAACUGUGUCGUCACAAAAUGUCAGCACCCUGUCACCAACAGGUGCUGUCCAGAGUGUGAUGGCUGCUUCUACAAGAGUCGGACGUAUCGCAAUGGGGAGAGGUUCCAGGACAGCCGAGACCCCUGUGUGACGUGUACCUGUAGAGAUGGUGAUGUCGCCUGUGUACCUAACCCUUGCCCUGCUGCAUCCUGUAAGAACCCUGUGCAGGGCAGGUGCUGUGCGGAGUGUGCAGACUGCAUGUAUCAGGGGAGGAGACUCAAGGACAAUCAGCGGUUCAGGGAUAACAACAAUCCGUGCAAUGAGUGCAUUUGUAGACAGGGUAGUGUGGCGUGUACCCCGCUACCCUGCCCGACAGCCACCUGUAGUAACCCCACUCAAGGGAGAUGCUGUCCCGAGUGUAGGGAUUGUCAGGUGGAUGGGAGGGUCAUUUCUAACAAUCAGAUGGUGCCCAGUCCACCCGGAUCCUGUCAGGAUUGUGUGUGUAGGAAUGGGAAUACAGAGUGCCGUAAAAAGCGAUGUCCGAGAGCUCAGUGCAGUCAUCCAGUGAAGAGAGAAUGCUGUGAGGUGUGCACCGAUUGUGUCCUCAAUGGUGUAGAAUACAGAAAUGGGGAGAUGUUUCCUGACAGCAGUGACAGGUGUAGAGAGUGUCAGUGUGUCAAUGGAAAUGUCCAGUGUAAGCAGAAGGUUUGUCAGGAUGUCAGGCGACAGUGUAACAGCCCAGCUGUCACCGACUGCUGCCCUAAGUGUCAGGAUUGUCAGUUCAGAAACCAGUUCUAUCGGGAUGGAGAGAAGUUCCCAGAUGUGUCCGAUCCCUGUAAAGAGUGUGUCUGUCAGAGAGGAAGUGUAAACUGUGCCCAAAGAACUUGUCCAGCUAUUACUUGCUCACAUCCAAUCAGGGGCCAGUGUUGCCCUCAAUGUGGGACAGACUGUCUGUAUAACAAUAAGUUGAUACGUGACAAUCAGUCAUUUAAGGAGAGUUGCCGGAACUGUACCUGUAGUGGGGGGACCGUGUCCUGUUCAGGGAUCACCUGUCCGAACGUCCAGUGCAGCCACCCUGUGUAUGACGAGUGUUGUAAGAGGUGUAACAGGUGCUUGUUGGAGGGGAGGAUCUAUGGAGAUGGGGAGCGUUUCCAAGACAGAGACGAUCCUUGUUCUGAGUGUGUCUGUCAGGGUGGUUCAGUGAGCUGCAGCAAGAAGCCAUGCCCCGUCCAGAAAUGCUCCCAUCCAACCGUGAACCAGUGUUGUCCCGAGUGUACUGACUGUUUGUACGAGGGCGUGGUCAUCAGACAUGGAGAAUCCCAUCGCAAGGACGCUUGUCACACCUGUUCUUGUAGGUUUGGAUCAGUGGACUGUGUGAAGGUGGAGUGUCCGAGGAUCACCUGCUCCUCCCCCUACACCGACACCUGUGGAUGUCGGAGGUGUGACCGCUGUUCCCACCAGGGCAACUCCUAUGACAAUGGAGUGACCUUUCCUGACCCACAGGACAAGUGCCGCCAGUGCCAGUGUUUGGAUGGAAAUGUGAGGUGUUUAAAGAAGACAUGCCCCGUGCAGUGUACCCACCCGUCCACCACAGACGGAUGCUGUCCCAUCUGUACCAAAUGUCUGUACGAUAACAAGGUGCAUGAACACGGACAGUUGUUUACCCCCGAUUCUGACCCGUGUCAACAGUGCCAGUGUAGGGAGGGCAGUGUUCAGUGUUUGAAGAAGACUUGUCCUGAGCUGUGUACCCACCCCUCCACCACCGACGGCUGCUGUCCAAUCUGUCGCGACUGUAUGUACGAGGGCGCAGUACAGAAAUACGGCAGUGUGUUUACGUCAAGGAGAGACCCCUGUCAACAAUGCCAGUGUCGAGACGGGAAUGUGAACUGUUUGACAAAGACCUGCCCCCCACUGAAUUGUCCUCGACCUGUGACCCGCCCCGGAGAGUGUUGUCCUGAAUGUCAAGUUUGUAACUUUUUGGGCGGUGUUUACAAUGACGGAGAGAGGUUUAAGCAUCCCCAGGACAAAUGUAAAACCUGCACUUGUUAUGAAGGAAAUGUGCGAUGCCUUAAGGAUACCUGUCCCGAGCUGUGUACCCACCCCUCCACUACUGACGGGUGCUGUCCCAUCUGUCAGGACUGUAUGUACGAGGGCGUCAUACAGAAAUACGGCAGUGUGUUUACGUCAAGGAGGGACCCCUGUCAACAAUGCCAGUGUCGGGAUGGGAAUGUGAACUGUCUGACAACUACCUGCCCCCCACUGGAUUGUCCUCGACCUGUGACCCGCCCUGGAGAGUGUUGUCCUGAAUGCCCAGUAUGUAACUUUUUGGGCCGUGUCUACGAUGAUGGAGAGAGGUUUAAGCAUCCCCAGGACCAGUGUAAAUCUUGCACUUGUUAUGGAGACAAGGUGGAGUGUGUGAGACAGCCUUGUGUUACACCCUGUACAUACCCAACCCAGGGUGCAUGCUGCCCGUUGUGUGACAAUUGUGAAUUUGAAGGGAAAAUUCGCCAAAAUGGUGCAACCUUUAAACCCGACGCAUGUCGCACCUGCACAUGCACUGAUGGAAAUGUGAAGUGCAUAACCCAGAGUUGUCCCCCUUUAGGCUGCAUUCAGCAAGAGGUACCAGAGGGGGAAUGCUGCCCUGUGUGUAAAAGUUGUUCUUUCAAUGGGCGCCAGUACGUGGACGGGUCAGAGUUCACCCUGGACACCGAUCCCUGUAUGACCUGCCUCUGUCACAACACUGUGAUGACUUGUGAGCAGAAGAAGUGUUUCUCCAUUUGUGAUAAUCCAGUGUCUGUGCCUGGCCAGUGCUGCCCUGUGUGUCCAACUUGUAACUACCAAGGAAGAAAUUAUCGUGAAGGCGAGACUUUCCAACCUCGUGGUGACGCCUGUGACGUCUGCACAUGCUCAAGCGGGCGUUUGAACUGCCAUCACAAAGUGUGUCCCCGUACCGCCACUUGUCCUCCCAACCAGAUUAUCUCCCCCUUACCCGGCGAGUGCUGCCCAACCUGUGCUGGAUUGGGGUACAACUGUUCAAGGACUGACAUUGGACAGGUUUUACGAACCAAACCCAGCGAUGCCUGCUUCAAGUGUGAAUGCAGGGCUGAGAAGAACUGGAUGUGUACCUACGACCCGUGUCCCCCGGUCAGCUGUCCUCCCUCGGUCCAGAUCAGAUCCCCAGGGCAGUGUUGUCCUACCUGUCCAGCAUGCCAUGACCUGGAGGUGGACCGAUGGUAUGAGGAGGGAACCUCGUGGAGUGGGGACAGUGACCCGUGUGUACACUGUGAAUGUCAGAACGGUGACGUGAUGUGUCAUGUGAUUGGUUGUCCCGCUGUGGUUUGUAACAGGCAGCAGAGGUUUGUCAGGCCACCAGGGAAAUGCUGCGCCAUGUGUGAGGACCUCCCUGCCAUUCCAUGCCAGUAUCAAGGAUCUGUGUACCAGGUGGGUGAGAAGUGGCGAGUGGACGACUGUACGGAGUGUCGCUGUAUGGGACGGGAGGUCGAGUGUCUGACCCAGAAGUGUCCCCCACUGGACUGUGACCCCAGCGAUGUCGCCUCGGCAACCCCAGGGUCAUGUUGUCCAGUCUGUGUCACAAGGCCGGGGACCUGUCUGGUGUUCGGGGACCCCCACUACUACACCUUUGAUGGGUCCACCAUCCACUUCCAAGGAUUCUGUCAAUAUACCAUGGCAACAGAUUGUGUCAACAAUGACUUUGCGGUGGAUGUUCACCAUGACAACAGAGGGAUAUCAGGUCACGUGUCCUGGGCCCAGAAUUUCACCGUUACAUUGGGUCAGAAUGUGAUUCACCUCCUCCAGAACCAUGUGGUGGAGGUGGAUGGGCGGAGAGUGGAGCUGCCAUUCUACAACCAGAAGUUUUCUGUGGAACACAAUCAAGACUCAGUCCUCUUCAACACCAAGCUCGGAGUCAAGUUGGUGUGGAAUGGUAACAGCUAUGCGGAGCUGAGUGUCCCAGGAACUUACCGUGACAAGCUGUGUGGACUCUGUGGAAACUUUAACGGUUUCCCGAUGGACGACCUCAAAACUAAGGGAGGACGUAUCACCAACUCUCCUAGUAUCUUUGGAAAUAGUUGGAAGACGUCGCAGCAGGAGAACGCAUUCUGUGAGGACGGGACAGACAGGGACCCGUGUGUGGAGGCCGGCUACCGCGCCAGGAAGUUUGCCAACACUCAAUGCUCCAUACUCAGGGGUCCAAAGUUCAGUCGAUGUCACCGCACCGUGGCCCCUGAUCCUUUCUAUGCAGCCUGUGUGUACGAUCUGUGUGUGUGUGGUGACAAUUCUACAUGUCUUUGUGACAUUCUGUCCUCCUAUGCAAAAGAGUGUGCCAAAGCUGGAGUGAGGCUAGAAUGGAGAGAACCCGGCCUUUGUGAUUUUGGUUGUGAUGAGAGUUUGGGCUUUGUGUUCGACGAGUGUGGCCCAGUUUGCCCCAGGACCUGUGAGAACUAUGACACUCCUAUUGGUGACCUCAAAACUAAAUGCUUCAAGCCCUGUAUAGCCAGCUGUCAGUGCCCCGCCGACAAAGUGUUAUUAAACGGACGAUGUGUAGCUUUUGACGAAUGUCCUAGAAUAGAUCGCGGGGACAUUCCAGUCGGGCCUGCCCAGGGUUAGAACCAAAAAUAGACUGGGGAUAUCCCCACCGAAGCUCUCAGAUACUUAGGUUAUAUAGUGUAUUAAUAAAUGAACAAUUUUUUCUUUACUGGGUACAUUUUGAAGUGCAAUAUCAGUGUUAUUUGCAUGUUGUGUACUAUUUGCUGAGAAUGUUUUAAGUGAGAGAGACAAAACCACUGCACUAAAUCUUGUAUUGGUGUGAAAAAUGUGAGGAAGAAAAUGUCAUUCAAUCAUUUAGAUCUGAAUUGUUUAUUAUUGUUAAAUACUUGAUACUCAUGAAGUAGUUCUUAUGAUGAUAGGAACAUUUACAACCUCAGUGUGCAGUGGUGACCUCAGAAGCAGAAAUCCGUAGUAGCUAGAACCAAUUUGUAGAAACGUGUAAGACCUGAAACAUACUCGUGAUGUGUCUAAAUGGGCUGUCUAGUGUCUAGCAAUUGUGGUGCAUUUGAAAUAGAUCUUCUAUUUCUGAUAGAGUAUCAUAUUUAAAUGUAUUGAUCAUUAGAUACCUGUACAUGUAUUUCAUUUAGUCUUCAUAUUUGUUUUUAUAAGUUACUCAUGUUGGGAAGUAUAUAAAGCUCAGUUUUCUGUAAUGUUGUAGUUUUCUGAGCACAGAUUAUACAAUUUAGAAUAAUUGCUCUUUCAUGGCUUAAAACUUUUAAAAAAACAUCAGAAGCAAGUAAUUUAACAAACAUUGUGCCUUAUAUUAUCCCUGUCUUGCUUUUGAUAUUUUUUAUAUACCAAUUGUGCCUUACCUGAAUAUUAACUAUUUUAGUUUUCGUCUAUCACACUUAUUUAGUAGAAACCAGCCCAUAUAACUUCAUAUCCAAUGAUGUAUCAUCAUGUUGUUAUAAAACACAACAGAUAUCAGUGAUUUUUUAGUUCCACAAAAUAAUUGUUUACAAUGUUUGUGCUGUUACAGUGAAAGUUAACUGUACCAUAGUAAACAUCUAUUACCGGUAUGUGAAUAUGUACGGUGAAUGCAAAAAAAAUUUCAUUUUUACAUUUAGAGUUAAAUAAGUGAUAUUGAUUAUAUACAUGGGUGUGUUAUGGUAUAUAAUAUAAAGUAUCACACCUUCUAAAGUUGUAUAUUUUAUAAUUGCAUUGCUUAACUCUUCAAUUGAACAAGAUUAAAGAGGUGGUCAAUUUAGUACAUGUAAUGCAUGAGAGACACCCAGCAAAUUACAGUACAAUGGAUGAUUCAGUUCUAGUUUACUGCAGUGUACAAGUUAUUGCAUCAGAAAUUGUGAUUCUUUAUAAGUUGAAAAUAAUGCAGAACUGUGCAUGGUUAAAAAAAUGAAAAUUAGAAGAUUUAAGACGUUUUACAUCUUUGCUGCUGCUAAGCCCAGAGGUGUGUUUUACGAGAAAGAGCUUGAUGAAAUUAACAAUCUGCAACACAAAUUUGGCGAGCGCUCACUCUGCUGAACACGCCCAUGUUGGUCUAAACAGAAUACCGAAAGCCACCUUUUUUCACAUGCUAGAAAUUUUGACGAGUCUCAGAACCGCUUCAUCGUGAAUGUAUUUGGCGCAAACCAAACCUCAAAUGUCUGGUAUACCAUAUUAUUUCCUAGAAAAUGUAGUCUUGAUUGUGAAAUGAACCAGUUUAUUUCCAGUUAAUGACAAAAUAAAUUUCAUGCGAAUACAGUUGGUUUACAGAAUGUUAUUUAUGUAAUAUUUACCUCCCUUUCUGGUCUGUUGGUGUUGUACUAACAGACAGUGGUGUAUUUAUACUCAUUGUUAUUACUGUGCUGUGUUGUAUAUUUUGAUAUUUAUACAUGUUACUUUUAUAAUCAUAAUUAUACUUCUUUAAUAGACUUUGUAUGAAUGUUAUUAAUUAGAAUGUGAACAGAUUUUGUAUGUUUGAUAGCAAGUCCUUGAUAAUUAAAUUAUUAACAUAUUGAA